AUGAGCUCGAAGAGCCAUGCGACGAGCUUCCACAGCCCAAGCUCAGGCCUGGCCUACGAGCUGGAAGUGCUGCGGCUGCAGAUCGCGGCCUUGGCCCAGUCGCUAGCAGGUCUUGGGGCGUGCGUGAUGAACUGGUCCGCUGGGCUGGUGAGCUCUCACCGGCAAGAGCUGGCGGACAUGGUGCUGCGCUACACUCUUCCGUGCGAGCAUCUCAGCAAAGAGCUGAAGGAGCUGUGCCGGGACCUGCAGUCGGAGUUGCUUCCACACGAGCCUUCGUCCGCCUACCAGGAUUCCGGAAAGGCGGUCGAGAAGCCACUUACCUUGGGUGCCCUUCAAGAAAUGCUCCUACACCAAAGAAGACAGGCGCGGCGGACGGAUGAGGUCCGUCACGACGCGACGUCAUCUGCCAUUCCAGACGAAGCCCUGGAGCUGGAGCGGAUUCGCUGGAGCAUGGAGCGUGAGGCAGCCCGUAUGGAGGACUGGGAGCGGGACCACAGAAGAGGCAUCACUGUCGGCGAGCAUCCCAAGGACAGCCAGCAGACCUCUGUACAUAGUCUGAGUGGCCCUGCCGCAGCUUCCUUCAACUGGGUCUGCCUGCAAGACCUUGGAGUUGGGGCAUUGAGGCCAUCCUGA